AUGUUUUUCCUUUCUUUUGCUUCAAGCUUCAUGCUCGCAUGCAUCUUGCAAGUUGCGGCGGUCUCUCAUCCCGCAAUGCGUCGGGCGAAUGUCUCAGCCGUCACUAAGAUGUCGUCUACCCAGCUGGAUGAGAUGGUGCCAUAUGCUCAUUUUGCUAGUGCUGCUUACUAUUCUCCUAUCAUGAUAAAUGCCUGGAAGUGUGGUGAUUUCGCAGACUACGUUGGUUACUGGCCGACAAAAAAUACCGUGGUAGUCACUCACGAAGGUACAGACCCAGCCAAAAUCCUAGCUGAUCUCACUGAUGCCAAUGCAUUGACGAGACGCCUGGACCCUACGCUUUUCCCCGGUGUCGAUAGCAACGUCGAGGUUCACAGAGGAUUUGCCGACGAGCAUGCGCUAACUGCGAGCAUCAUCUUGAAGGAGGUGAAGAGCCUGAUCUCUCAGUAUAACGCCAAGAGCGUCACGCUGAUCGGACACUCCCUGGGAGCCGCCCUCGCGGAGAUUGAAUGUGUGUUUAUGGCCUUGAACCUUCCUUCUAGUAUCGCUAUCAAAGGUGUGACAUUUGGUACACCCCGUGUAGGAAAUCCAGCAUGGGCCGCUCUCUUUGAUUCCCUGGUACCAGACUUCCAACGCAUCAACAAUAAGAAGGACAUUGUUCCGAUUGUCCCAGGGCGCUUCAUGGGCUUCUCACAUGUCCAGGGAGAGGUCCACAUCCUAUCUGAUGGAGACGCAGUCCAGUGCCCAGGCGAGUAUAGCAUUUGUGACGAUGAUGCCACGGAUGAUCAGUGCACAAUCAAGAGUGUCCCUAACAUCUUUGUGGGCAAUCCGUCGGACCACUUGGGUCCAUACCAAGGGGUUUAUAUGGGCCUUUCCCCAUGAUUGACAUAGACUGACUGGAGCAAGCCUCACAUCAGGCCAUUCACCCCCAGAGAUCAGAAGGGACAACGGGGGUCCCAUAGAUUAGAAAGUAUUGUCCUACAUAGGGUGUCAUCCUCAAUGGACACAAAUCUGCAUUUUAAAAAAUUGGGAUGGACUUGUAUUAUAUGGCUUAACGCCGGAAUAUUUGGUUGGUCUUUAUGAAUCAAGCAUUGGGCUGGCG